UUGCCACCCGUGCCCUGCGGCCCUGCGCGCCCCACCCGCGGUCGCGCGCCGCGCUCCCCGUCGCCUCACCUUUUCGCCCGGCAUCCGGGCCCGCUGCUCGCCCACUGGGAGCGCCGUGGCGCCUGGUGUUCGGCGCGAGCCCGGCUGGACCCCAGGUUCCGCCCUGCUCCGCCGCGCCCCGCCCGGACUGGGGUAAAGGCCGCGGCCGGGCCAUGCCGUGUCCCCCUCAGGGAGGGCAGGAGAGCCUGAGGAGUGGCGGGGCUGCCAGUUUUCUUUUGUCUUUAGAGAGCGAAAUGUCAUCAGUGCAGUCACAACAGGAGCAGUUGUCCCAGUCAGAUCCAUCCCCAUCACCAAACUCAUGUAGUUCCUUUGAGCUAAUAGACAUGGAUGCUGGCAGCUUGUAUGAACCAGUUUCUCCCCAUUGGUUUUAUUGUAAGAUAGUAGAUUCUAAGGAGACAUGGAUUCCUUUCAACUCUGAGGAUUCACAGCAGCUGGAGGAGGCAUAUAGCUCUGGAAAAGAUUGUAAUGGGAGAGUUGUUCCUACUGAUGGGGGCAGAUAUGAUGUUCAUUUGGGGGAAAGGAUGCGAUAUGCUGUAUACUGGGAUGAACUAGCAUCGGAAGUGAGACGAUGUACAUGGUUUUACAAGGGAGACAAAGACAAUAAGUAUGUUCCCUACUCGGAGAGCUUCAGCCAAGUUUUAGAGGAAACUUACAUGCUUGCUGUAACUUUGGAUGAAUGGAAAAAGAAACUGGAAUCUCCCAACAGAGAAAUUAUUAUUUUACACAAUCCAAAGCUUAUGGUGCAUUACCAGCCAGUUGCAGGGUCUGAUGAUUGGGGUUCAGCACCCACGGAGCAGGGUCGACCAAGAACUGUGAAGAGAGGAGUUGAGAACAUCUCUGUUGACAUUCAUUGUGGAGAACCUUUACAAAUAGAUCACUUGGUUUUUGUAGUCCAUGGGAUUGGACCAGCUUGUGAUCUCCGCUUUCGAAGCAUUGUACAGUGUGUUAAUGAUUUUCGCAGUGUUUCCUUGAACUUGCUACAGACACAUUUUAAGAAAGCCCAAGAAAAUCACCAGAUUGGGAGGGUAGAAUUUCUUCCAGUCAAUUGGCACAGUCCUUUGCAUUCUACUGGUGUGGAUGUAGAUCUGCAGCGAAUAACCCUGCCCAGCAUUAACCGCCUCAGGCACUUCACCAAUGACACAAUUCUGGAUGUCUUCUUCUACAAUAGCCCCACCUACUGUCAGACUAUUGUGGACACAGUUGCUUCUGAAAUGAACCGAAUAUACACACUUUUUCUGCAGAGGAACCCUGAUUUCAAAGGGGGUGUAUCCAUUGCUGGUCAUAGUUUAGGUUCGCUUAUAUUGUUUGAUAUCCUAACAAAUCAGAAAGAUUCUUUGGGGGAUAUUGACAGUGAAAAGGAUUCACUAAAUAUUGUAAUGGAUCAAGGAGAUACACCUACACUAGAGGAAGAUUUGAAGAAACUUCAGCUCUCUGAAUUCUUUGAUAUCUUUGAGAAGGAGAAAGUAGAUAAGGAAGCUCUGGCUUUAUGUACAGACCGAGAUCUUCAGGAAAUGGGAAUUCCUUUAGGACCAAGGAAGAAGAUAUUAAACUAUUUCAGUACCAGAAAAAACUCAACGGGUAUUAAUAGACCAACCCUGCAGCCUGCUUCAGGGGCAAACAUUCCCAAAGAAUCUGAGUUCUGCAGUAGCAGUAAUACUAGAAAUGGUGAUUAUCUGGAUGUUGGCAUUGGGCAGGUGUCUGUGAAAUAUCCCCGGCUCAUCUAUAAACCAGAAAUAUUCUUUGCCUUUGGAUCUCCCAUUGGAAUGUUCCUUACUGUUAGAGGACUAAAAAGAAUUGAUCCCAACUACAGAUUUCCAACAUGCAAAGGUUUCUUCAAUAUUUAUCACCCUUUUGAUCCUGUGGCCUAUAGGAUUGAACCAAUGGUGGUCCCAGGAGUGGAAUUUGAGCCAAUGCUGAUCCCACAUCAUAAAGGCAGGAAGCGGAUGCACUUAGAACUGAGAGAGGGCUUGACCAGGAUGAGUAUGGACCUUAAGAACAACUUGCUAGGUUCGCUGCGGAUGGCCUGGAAGUCUUUUACCAGAGCUCCAUACCCUGCCUUACAAGUUUCAGAAACGGCAGAAGAAACUGAAGCAGAACCUGAAUCAACUUCAGAGAAGCCUAGUGAUGUUAACACAGAAGAGACCUCUGUGGCAGUUAAAGAAGAAGUCCUGCCUAUCAAUGUGGGGAUGCUGAAUGGAGGCCAACGCAUUGACUAUGUGCUACAGGAGAAGCCUAUUGAAAGUUUUAAUGAGUAUUUAUUUGCUUUACAAAGCCAUCUGUGCUACUGGGAGUCUGAAGAUACAGUAUUGCUGGUCCUCAAAGAGAUCUACCAAACCCAGGGUAUCUUCCUUGAUCAGCCUUUACAGUAAAAAUGACCCAUCUAUGCCUGCUUAAUGGCAAACAGAAAAUGACACUGCAGCUUCAGGAGGUGCUCAAGAGGACACUGACCGACUCUGCUGUGGCCGUUGGUGGGAAAUGCUGUUCAGGGCAGAAAAGAGCCCAGGUGUCACCUGGAGGACUGAGGUAUGGGGAAGGGAGUAAGCGUUGAAUGAGAAAAGAAAAAUCAGAGUGAAGAUAAAGGGAAAAGAAUGAGAAAGACGUGUGGUGGACACCACCACUGUCCUGGUGGGUAAGGGCUGAAGCAGACGCUGAGGUAGUUAGCUGUCGUCACUUACCUCCCUACGAUCAGCUUUAUUGUGUUGGUAAAGACGCCAUUCAGAGCCAGGGCAAGGCUGGCAGCUGCAAAGCAAAGCCAUAAGUUAGAAGGAUCUGUCUAGGAGGAAAGGCAUGGUCAUAGCCUCAUUAAGAGAGCAGCCGUACUGUUUCUGAGAUGGAUAGAAUCCAACCAGAUCUGGGCACAAAAAUAAUUAAGGUCUUCAGUGAUCACUUUUGUAGUUGAGAACUUCUGCACUAGGCCAAAGACAUUUCUGAAGUACAAAUAACCCAGUGCAUUUAGGCACAGGGCUGCCUGCGGUGUAGCCUGCAUAACCAAGUCCCUGCAGUGCUAUUUUCCUCUCCCGCGGGGAUGGAGUUCCUUUAGGAAUGCACAACUCAGUGGCCUCCACACAGGCUCACCGUGGCUGAACCCCACAACGACUUCCUAGGUUUCCAGCACGAAGACACCGGCCAGAAAGGACUAGUGCUCACCCAGGCAGGCUUGUCUGCUGUCUCUUGUGUCUGCCUUCUUGAGAAAUUUGGCCAGGAAGAUCAGAGAUAGUGGAGAGAGAAAUGCAAUAACCUGAAUUAGAAUGUCAGAGGUUAAAAACAAUUAAAAAAAAAAAAAAAAAAAAGCCACACUCAUGGUUAAAGUAGCUCGUACAGGAAAGAGGGACGUGAAACAGCAAGACCCACUAGCGCUAACAUAAGGUCUCUGAGUGCGCGUAACCGGGAGCCAGGCAGCGCCACCAGUGAACAGCAGCGACCGUGCGGCUCGGCCCGGGUACCUCAGGCUGAGGCACAGAGCGCCCGGGAAAACGUUGUAACAGCCGAAAGAGGCUCGGACAGCCUCCUCUCUCAAUCAGGAUCUUAAACACUAGAGCCCUAGGAGGCGGAACCCAGCGCAUAGCAGCGGAGUGGGCAGUGGGUCCCUACAGAGGCCGUCUCCACGGAGGAAAAAGCACAGGUGCCCGCGGGAAGCCCGGUUAUGGGGAGGGAAGAGGGACGAUCUUUCUCCACGCACAAACAUCGGCUUGGUGGGGAAAUACUCCCUCUCCACGUAGGGGUUCCGGUAGAGCCACAUCUCCUCCGGCUGGAUGAGUCUCUGGAACGGGGGGAGCAGCUCCGUCACCCUAGAGGGGAACAAAGAAGCGCAGAGCAGGUCGCCUGGCUUCCUCGUUGCUUCCCCACUGCCCGGCCCGCCGCCCCCUGCCGCCUGCCUGCCUGCCUGGGAAGCGGGGCCGCCCGGACCCGGCCGUGGAUCUUACAGGAAGGCCGCGAACAGCGCGAGCCGCACGCCCACUUCGGCCCCAAAGGCCACCGCCGCCGCCGCCUUCCCCAUCCGGCCGCGAGCCCCGAGCGACGCCGCGCUGACGUGGCCGCCUCCGCGGGGAGGGCCGGGCCGGGAACUGCUCACCGCCCCCUCUCCCAGCCGCCCGCGCUCCGGCCGUUGCCCAGGAAGUCGGCCUUGCGGCUGUGCCGAGGGCAUAGUCCGGCAAAGGGGACGCAAAGUCAGCGGAGCUGCCCUCCGGCGCGUUCAGCAGGGAGCCAACGCCCCAGUUUCAGCCGAGUAGGUCGGCGUGCGGUCCAUGAGCAGCUCCUCUCCACACCCCAACCACACAACCGCGGGGAGCAGCCUUCUCCCGGGACCUCGCCUGUAAACGGAAAACCAAACAGCUCGCUCUCAGAUCCUCGUUCCUUAGCAACACAGCCGCAUUCUGCAGGAAACUACACUGGCUGAGGUUGGCUGGAUUGUGUCAUUUAGUCCUCCCACCCAGAAUGUUGUAGCAAAAAAUUACUGGCAAAGAACAAGCCCACAUAUUUAAUUUGGAACAUACAGGACAAUUUAUUGAAGUCAAUCUCAAGCAAAAUCUGAAAUCAGUGGAAUGUCAUUAAAAACCUUUCCAAAUUAAUCCUCACGGAAGCAAAAAACACAUUGGAAUUCCAAAGUAUUUGUAAAAUAAAAAAGGCAACAUCAGUAAAUAUAAUGUACAAAAAUUACAUGUUCCUACCAGCACACACAUCAGUAAAGAAGCUUAAAUAUUACAGGCAAUCCUAAAUACACUGUAACUAGUCAACAAUAAGCUAUCUAUAUACAGGUUAACCAAGCUUUACACAUUUCACACUAUGCAAUAAAACAUAGGCCAAUCAACAAAAUCCUCAAAAUAUUAUAUAUCUUGAAGUCUAUGUGGCAACAUCAAGUCAUUAUACAGUAAUGCCCUAGUGGAACACCCCCAGGGAAAAUUAACACUAAUCCCUUAGUGUCAAGAGCUUCUAGCCAAGUCACAGAAACUCAAAAGAGAUUGACUUUAGUGAAUAUUGAUGCUUUGUUAUUAAAGACUCAAGUCUCAAGUGAUUUAGGCAAAAUAACAGUUCACAGGAUCUACAAAGUUUAUUACAGAUAAAAUACAGAAAUAACCAAUCUACAAAGAUCAUCAUCAUAAAGAACACGAGAAAAUGAAAACGGAGUCUGUAGGUAUGUAUCUGUGUUUGUUGUGCAAUAUCACUCAAAUGGGUACAAAUGAAUUUCUCGUAUCAAUUCCAAAUAUACACAUACCCUUGUAUAUAAAAAAUGAUAUUAGCCAGUUGUAAUACUCAUUUAGCAUCUUGGUUAUUAGUGGCAAUAUAAUUUUCUUAACAUAGGGCAUGUAACAGGACAAAUGAGAUAAAAUAAUGACAACAAAGUAAGUUUUAUCCAGUCCAUUUCUAAACUGACAAGAAUACCUUAUCAAUACCUUAUAUAGGUAAUCUGACAGAUACUUGAGGGCUGUUUGCACACAUCAAGUGUGUUGGCAGGCAGGGAGGGGAGCAGUAAAAGCUUAGGGUGCUUUCUCACUAACUAGCAGAUGCAGUAAUGCCACAUAAGAAAACUUACGGACUGAAUAAAUGACUUUGGCAUCUAUUCUAUUUUCCCUUUUUACUUACAUGUAAAUUACUUUUACAGCCUACUGAAGGACAGGCAGUUCUCAGCCCCCUCCCACUUCAUACAUACGUGCCACAAGCACCCAAACUUGUCACUUACGCAAUGGACUGACCAAAACAAAACAAAAAACAGAAAUGUUUUUUGAAAGACACAGAUUACCCACAUUUUGGGAGUGUAAAAUAAGUGCAAUUUUUUUGUUUUUUUCCCUACAUAGACAUAGUAAAAGGAAAGAUGAUGUGCUUGGGGACAGGGUUGACAAAAUGACAAAAUAAAGAACGUACAUAA